CUCGCUCCGCCAGGGACGCGCUUCCGGCUGUGCCGCGGGGCGGGGCGGGACGCGCGGGGCGCGAUGGCGGGGGAGGCGGUGACGCUGCAGCUGGGACAGUUCGCGGGAUGCGUGGGGACCCACUGGUGGGGGCUGCAGGCGGCCGCGCUGCGCAGCCCCGCCGAGACCCCCGAGCUCCAUCCCGCCGCGCUGCUGCGGCCCGGGCGGGCAGCGGGCGGCCGGGAGACCCACACGCCGCGCCUGGUGGCUUUGGAGCUGAAAGGCGGACUCGGCGCGCUUGGGCCCCGCGGGGCGGGCGCGGAAGCUGCUGCGGCCUGGGACGGGGCGGUCGCCGAUUACUUGGAGCACACCCCGACCGGGGGCUCCGCGGCGGGGGACGCCGGGCGCCGCACGGCGUUUCCUCAGACCGACCAGGAGGGCCCAGCUCUGCUGGUCAAGGGUGGCACUGGCCCUCUUGGCCACCGGGGCACGUGGCUGGCUCUUGAUCAACCUGUUGUGCAUCAGGACCCCGAGGUCCUUCUCCCCAGAGCUGCUCCCCAGCAGGUGUUUCUCCUGCCCCUUCACAACUCACUGUUUCCCAGGAUGUUUCCUUGGGCAGCAGCAGGCAGGUCUGGUCUGAUUACCUCAACAUGCACUUGCAUCCCAAAAGUGUCUACGUCAUCCCUCAGUACAUGCACGAUGGGUAUGUCUCACAGGGACUGUGGUUGUCUAGAAGCCUUUGGACAAGGUGAAAGUCUCCUGCAAGAUCCUGGCUGCCUAGAGGAGCUGGAAGAUCGGUUGCACUUCUAUGUUGAAGAGUGUGAUUAUCUGCAGGGAUUUCAAGUCCUAUGUGACCUACACAAUGGUUUCUCUGGGGUUGGUGCCAAGGUGACAGAACUGCUCUGUGAUGAGUAUUCAGGAAAAGGAAUCUUGACAUGGGGCUUGACUCCAGUCACAAGUAACGUGGGUGAUUCUCAGAAAAAUUUUUACAGACUGAUGAACACAGCCCUGGGAAUUGUCCACCUCUCCAGUCACAGCUCCCUGUUUUGCCCCCUGUCGCUCAGCGGGAGUCUGGGAAUCAGGCCACGACCUCCUGUUUCAUUCCCAUAUAUAAACUAUGAUGCAUCACUGAACUACCACAGCAGUGCAAUCCUGGCAGCAGUGCUUGAUACCCUCACUGCUCCCUACCGGCUCAGCUCCUUUCAGGGCUCCAUGAUGCAUCUUGCUGAGACACUUAACUUCUCUGGGAGAAAGGUUGUGGCUGCCUGGGCCUCUGUUCCCUUUCCUGCCCUACGUGGCUGCUCACUCUUUGAUACUUUGUGCACCUACAAGCAGGACGUGCCCUGGAAGCUUCUGUCUUCAUGCAGGGAGCAAAAGGUCAGCUGCUGUUUUGCUCAGUCUGUUGUGCUACGAGGAAUUUGCAAAGAAAGUCACCUCAGCAGCUGCUCAGGAAAGCAGCCUGAGUCUCUUCUCCACAUGUGGGAGAGCACAGAGCAAAUCCUGCAGCGUUACCUGCACACUGUGUUUCCUGGGGCAUUCAGGUGGGUAACAGGCUGUAGGUUUGGGACAGGGAGCAGCAACUGGCCAACAGUGUUGAGUAACGUCAUCCCCCUUCUUCCCUACAGCACAGCCCUUGUGCUUGAGCAGCCCUGUCACACCCAACCUCCCUACCCCCAGUUUUUCUCUCCUCUUCUGACCAGGGAAGGCUUUCUCCUGGACAGACCUCCCAGAUAUCCCUCAGCAGCUGUGGAAAGCAUCCCUGUCCUGGCAGCCCUGCAGGCUUCCCCAGUCCUGCACACACUCCUCUACAGCCUGUACAAGGACCUGCAGAAGCUCAACACACAGCGCUGGGCCAGCUUCUUCUCUGCUGGAGUGGAACACGAUGACUUCCAGGAGGCCUUAGAGCAGCUAAGAACUCUAUCCCAGUGCUAUGAAACGGGGUUUGAAGCAGAUGAAUCUGAGGAUGAAGGAGACUCAGACUAACUCAUUUUUAUUAUUAGAGAGAGGGGAUCUCUAAGAUCACUUUCAAAAGAAAGGGGAUGGUUUGAAGAUGGCCAAGCUGCAACUGUUCAGCAGAAUCCUGUUACCAAGGCUGCCUUACAUUGUCCAGCUGGUUGCAGCAGUUGUGCUGGAAAGGAGGAAAGCUGUUUUUUGGGGGCUGGUUUUGUAUGUUUGGGGUGUUUUUUUAAAAAUUUUGCAAAGUGAAUAUGCUCUCCUGUUAGUGUAAGACCACACAAUAAAUACAGAAUUCAGUUGUAA